AUGGCUGAAAUUUGGGCUCCUGCUCCUGAACCGACCACCGAGUUGGGGCGGUACCGUGUUCUCUCUUCUACAGCUGGGAUUCACGUCUCGCCCCUUCAGCUUGGAGCCAUGUCCAUUGGCAAUGCAUGGGCAGAGUCAAUGGGUUCAAUGAGCAAGGAGGAGUCCUUCAAACUUCUCGACGCAUUUCAUGAAGCCGGCGGAAAUUUCAUCGAUACCUCAAACAAUUACCAGGACGAACAAUCGGAGACUUGGAUUGGGCAAUGGAUGGCCGAACGCAAGAACCGCGAUCAAUUGGUGAUUGCUACCAAAUUCACGACAGACUUUCGGUCCUACAAGCUAGGCAAGGGAAAGGUACCCAACCAUUGCGGUAACCAUAAGCGAAGCCUUCACAUGAGUGUUCGGGAUUCAUUGAAGAAACUGCAAACCGAUUGGAUUGAUAUCCUAUACCUCCACUGGUGGGAUCAAACCACUUCAAUUGAAGAGAUCAUGGAUAGUCUUCAUAUCCUAGUGGAACAGGGUAAGGUGCUCUACCUGGGCAUUUCGGAUACCCCGGCGUGGGUUGUGGCAGCGGCAAACUCGUAUGCUCGAGCCCAUGGAAAGACACCCUUCAGUAUCUACCAGGGUAGAUGGAAUGUCAUGCUCCGUGAUUUUGAACGCGAGAUCAUCCCGAUGGCCCGCCAUUUUGGAAUGGCGCUUGCCCCUUGGGAUGUCAUGGGCGGCGGAAAAUUCAAAACGAAGGAGGAAAUUGAAAAGCGCAAAGCUCAAGGAGAGGGUCUCCGUAGCAUAUUGAAUGCAGAGCAAAGCGAAGAAGAAGCUGCAAUGAGUGCAGCACUUGAAAAGGUGGCUAAGGAGCAUGGGAUUAAAUCCCUCACCGCAGUUGCCCUGGCAUACGUGAUGGCGAAAGCACCAAAUGUGUUUCCUCUUGUCGGCGGCCGCAAAGUCGAACAUCUCAAGGACAACAUCCAGGCUCUCAAACUACGAUUGACAGCAGAGCAAAUCGAAUACCUUGAGAGCCAAAAGGACUUUGAUGUUGGCUUCCCAGGCAACUUUAUUGGCCCGGAUCCCAAAGUGACUGGGAAAGCCUCCUUCCUCUUGGCUGCCAACGCUCCAUAUUCGUUUGUGCGCGCACCCAAGUCUAUUACCAGCCCAGAAUAA